AAUUUACAGUAGUCUUCUUUCUUUCUUCUCUACUGUUUCAUUCUUCUUCAUUUCCUUUUCUUUUUCUUUUCAUUCUUUUUUUUUUUAAAAAAAAACUUCAUCAGCCCGCAAAAACAUUACAAAAAACUACUCCAUUUUCUCUCUCUGUCUCUCUCUCUCCAUCUACAUACAUAUAUGUAUAUGUAUAGUUGUUUCUCUCUCUACAUAUCUCCACUUUCUCUCACAACAAAAAAAAAAAAAAAAAAAAAACCAAGAAACUCAAACAUUUAAGUACCCUUUCAAUUCAUUAAGCAAACCCAGUUUCCCCUUUUCAUUGUUAUAGAGAUAGAUAGAUAGAUAUAUCUCUAUAUAUGUAUAGUUGUUUCUCUCUCUAUAAUAUAUCAUUUUCUCUCACAACAAAAAAACCCAAGAAACUCAAACAACUACACACCCUUUCACUUCAUUAAACAAACCCAGUUUCCCUUUUUCACCAUUUUCACACAACUAUAGAGAUAUAAUUGUAUAUCUCUAUAAUAAAUAUAGUUGUUUCUCUCUCUAUAAUUUAUCGCAAAAAAAAAAAAAAAAAAAAAAAAAACCAAGAAACUCAUACAAUUAGACACCCUUUACCCUCCUCAAGCAAACCUACUGUUUUUUUUUUUUCUAUAUAUAGAGAUAGAAUUGUGUAUCUAUAUAUAGUAAGGGUAGUGUUAGAGGGGUGGGUGGGUGGGUAUGAAAUGAACUAAAUGUAAUGGGAAGUGGGUUUUCAUUUCCAUGUUUUAACCCGGGUGUGAACCGGGCUGAACCGGAAUUAAAUUUAACUGAACCGCUUGAUGAAACACUUGGUCAUUCAUUUUGUUAUGUAAGGUCAUCAAACCGGUUUAUUAUUAGCUCUCCUACUAACUCUGAUCGCUUUAUUUCACCCACGCAUUCACUCAGGUUCGAUGAAACGGGUCCGGGUCGGGUCAAACCGGGUACCGGGUCGGGUGAAACCGGGUUUAGAGCUAUUUCAGGUGCUUCGGUAAGUGCAAACUCUUCCACUCCAAGAACUGUUAAUAUUUACAAUGAUGACACUGGUAGUGGUAGUGUUGUUAGUGGUUUUGAAAGUACAUCAUCAUUUAGUGCUUUACCACUUCAACCGGUGCCACGUGGCGGUUCGGGCGGUUUAGGUGAACCGUCCGGUCCAAUGGAAAGAGCGUUUUUCAUGUCCGGUCCGAUAGAGCGUGGUGCUCUGUCUGGACCGUUAGACCCGGCCGCCCACCUAGGGGGCGGCCGCGCUGGGAGCGGAGAAGGGCAAGUUCCCUUCUCUGCUCCAUUAAGUGGGGUUUAUGUAAAAAAGAGAAGACAUAAGCGCAUUAAGAGUAUUUCGGGCAUUUCAGGGUUUAGGAAGGCGUUUUACCGGAAUUUCGCGGAGAAGAAGCGGCCGUGGGUUGUUCCGGUGAGAAACUUCACCGGAAACAAGGAAAUUACCACGGCCGCGGGAAAUUGUACUCGUGAUUCAGAAGGAAUUGAUAAUACAAAUGUACAAUGGGCAUUGGGAAAAGCGGGUGAGGAUCGAGUGCAUGUAGUCGUAUCGGAAGAACAUGGGUGGCUUUUCGUUGGAAUUUACGACGGAUUUAAUGGACCAGAUGCACCUGAAUUUUUAAUGAGUAAUCUGUACAAAGCAAUGUACAGAGAAUUAGAAGGUUUGUUUUGGGAUAGUGAAGAAACUAGUAACCAAGUAGCAGAAAAUGAGGACUCGAAGGAACCAAAAGAAGGUGAAAAUGAGGUUAAUUUGGAACAGAUAGAUAAAGGGUCGGAAAAGAAGGUGACGUUUCAAUCGGGGGAAAUAUCGGUUAGGAGGAAAAGAUUAUGGGAAUUUUUAGCGGAAGCUGAAACAGAGGAAGGUCUUGAUCUUUCGGGUUCAGAUAGAUUUGCAUUUUCGGUAGACGAUGCGUUAAGCGUAAAUAGUGCAGGUUCAGCAGUUAAUAGGAGGUCGUUGCUGUUGUCGAAGUUGAAACACGGAUUGUUAAUUAAUAAGCAUAAAGAGAGUAGUAAGAGGUCAUUUCCAUGGAGAUUCGGAUUGCAAGCUAAAGAGAAAGUUGAAGAAGUAGGGGAGACUAGAGUAGAGGAAAGGAAUACUAAUAGAAGUGAACGGAGGCGUAAGGUGGGUCCCGUUGAUCAUGAGUUAGUUUUGAGAGCAAUGUCAAGAGCACUCGAAUUCACUGAGCUCGCAUACCUGGAUAUGACCGAUAAAGUUCUUGAUCGGUAUCCUGAGCUUGCAUUGAUGGGUUCUUGUUUGUUGGUUGCUUUGAUGAGAGACGAGGAUGUGUAUGUAAUGAAUGUGGGAGAUAGUCGUGCUAUUGUGGCACAGUACGAGCCCCAGGAGGUUAGUUCUAGUUCAGACUCAAAAGGUCUAGGUAAUGCUGAGUUGGCUGUUGAGGGUAUUGUUGAAGAAUCCGGAGUUGUUGGUGAUGAGGAAAAUAAGGUGAUGAAUGAUACACCCAUUCAAGAUGCUAAGCUGGCUGCCUUGCAAUUGUCUACUGAUCACAGCACUAGCAUUGAAGAAGAAGUUACUAGAAUUAAGAAUGAACACCCAGAUGACAGCAACUGUAUUGUUAAUGAUAGAGUGAAAGGCCGUCUAAAGGUCACUCGUGCUUUUGGAGCGGGCUUCCUUAAAAGGCCUAAAUUGAAUGAUGCAUUGCUAGAAAUGUUUCGGAAUGAGUACAUUGGGGAUGCUCCUUACCUAUCUUGUACACCUUCGAUGCGACAUCAUAGACUGUGUCCUAGGGAUCAGUUUUUGGUGCUCUCAUCUGACGGCUUGUACCAAUACUUGACCAAUCAGGAGGUUGUUUGUCUUGUUGAGAAUUUCAUGGAGAAAUUUCCUGAUGGAGAUCCGGCUCAGCAUCUCAUUGAGGAGCUCUUAUUCCGUGCAGCCAAGAAAGCUGGAAUGGAUUUACGUGAAUUGCUGGACAUUCCCCAAGGAGAUCGUAGGAAGUAUCAUGAUGAUGUUACCGUUAUGGUGGUAUCUCUCGAAGGAAGAAUUUGGAAAUCGUCUGGGAAAUACCUAUGAGUUUUCCUUCUCCAUGUAUAGUGAUGCAGCAAUUUUGAUCUCUUGCUCCGGUUAUAUACCCUUGACAACAGCCAAAACUAGUGCUAGAUAUACAGCAACGCUCGUGAAAGUAGAAGUUUUGUAGUCGGGAUUUACUCAGAACUGUUCCUAGGAAAAAAAAAAAAAAAAAAGGAUCUUUUCGUUCAGUUUCUUAGAUUUUUGCACAGUAGAUCUUUUCAUUCAUUCAAGUUCUUUCUUUUUUUUUUUUUUUGCUCCCAUCUUAUCUCCCCUUUUAGAGCCAAACACGUGAUUUGUAAUCUAUAGGGGAUCAAUCUGUAUUUUGGAAGUGGAUGUCCACCAAUGUGGUUUACAGAGAGAAUUCUUGUUGAGCCCUUGUGUAAAAAGUCCUCUUACUGAAGUGGUAAAUGGAAAGGUACACAAUAUCUUUUUGUGCUGA